AAUUGCACAAAUUUGACAGUUCGUUUCUUACUUUUGGAUGGAGAGGUUGUUUAAAUAAGCAUAUAAGAAGGAAAAUAACACAGCAACGCAAAUACAACAGAGGAAAAAAGUAAAAGAAAAAUAUUUUAAAAAUAACAAAAGAGAAGUGUGUGUAAUCAGCGCAACAACAACAAAAUCAACAGCAGCAGCAGAAGAGAUACAUGAGGAAAAAAUAUAUAACACAGUGGAACAAUAACAAAAUUUAUGAAAAGAAGAGAGUAAGAGCGUUUUUGUGCUCGCCGCGCUCCGUUUAGUGAUAAAAAAUUGUUAUUUAUUUUGAAUUUAAUUAGACUAAAAGGAAUGUAUUUUAAACAAGAUGACUACAAAUAGAAUAAGCGUUUUUAACGCUUAUUUUUAUUAGCAAGUGAAGAAAAGUAAAGGAUAAUAUUACAGUAAAACUAAUAAUUGAAAACAAUAAUACCGUUCGUUAUAAAUUUAAAAUUCACGCAAUCAAUUGAAAAAAACAAACAAACGUUUUAAUAAAGUGUUUAUAUUGAUAACUUCAAACACUACAGCAAGAGUUAUAUUAGCAAUAAAAUGACUAUUAUACUCUUUUUGGUCGACACUUCGUCGUCCAUGUGCCAAAAAGCUUAUGUGAAUGGUGUGCAGAAGUCGUACUUGGACAUUGCCAAAGGAGCUGUCGAAACAUUCCUGAAGUACAGACAACGUACACAAGAUUGUCUGGGUGAUCGUUAUAUGCUGCUGACGUUCGAAGAGCCGCCAGCUAAUGUUAAGGCAGGUUGGAAGGAAAAUCAUGCCACCUUCAUGAAUGAGCUGAAAAAUCUACAAUCGACCGGUCUAACCUCUAUGGGGGAAUCGCUGAAAAAUGCUUUUGAUUUGUUAAAUUUAAAUCGUAUGCAAUCUGGUAUUGAUACAUAUGGACAAGGCAGAUGUCCUUUCUACUUAGAACCAUCAGUAAUAAUUGUUAUAACGGAUGGAGGACGCUACUCUUAUCGUAAUGGUGUGCACCAGGAUAUAAUAUUACCAUUGAAUACCCAAAUACCGGGUACAAAAUUCACCAAAGAACCUUUUCGUUGGGAUCAACGUUUAUUUUCUUUGGUAUUGCGUAUGUCGGGCAACAAAAUAGAUGAGCGUGUGGAAGGUAAAGUACCACAUGACGAUUCGCCCAUUGAAAGAAUGUGUGAGGUAACUGGAGGAAGAUCAUAUCGAGUGCGUUCGCAUCAUGUAUUGAAUCAAUGCAUAGAAAGUUUGGUGCAAAAAGUGCAACCCGGUGUGGUUUUACAAUUUGAACCGCUUAUACCAAAAGAUCCCAACAACAUGCCCAAUGAGGCAUUACAGGAUUUGAUUUUCCAACCUCUUAAAAAAAUGAUUUAUGUACAAAAACAUAUUAGUCAGAAAACCUUCCCGAUAGGCUAUUGGCCUCUGCCAGAACCUUACUGGCCAGACCCUAAGGCUGUUACAUUACCAUCGAGAGAUGCUCAUCCAAAACUGAAAAUAGUUACUCCUGCAGUAGAGGAGCCACAAAUGGUACACAAUUUCCCAGUAGAUAAGUAUGAAAUCGAAGCCAGCCCUUUAACUUUGCAGAUUUUGCAAAAACGAGAAAUGAAAAAAUGCUGGCAGGUGAUUAUUUCGAAUGGCAUGCAUGGCUUUGAAUUGCCUUUUGGUUAUUUGAAGCCUUCCUCAACGACUUCGCAAGUACAUCUAUAUGUUUUGGCCUACAAUUAUCCAGCACUGCUGCCUCUCUUACAUGAUCUUAUACACAAAUACAAUAUGAGUCCACCAAACGACUUAAUGUAUAAAUUUAAUGCUUACGUCAGAUCAAUACCUCCGUAUUAUUGUCCUUUUCUGCGUAAGGCUUUACUUAAUAUUUCCGUACCCUAUACUUUGUUGCAAUUUCUGUUGCCAGAGAAUGUGGAUAACUAUUUGUCACCGAACAUUGCCAACCAAUUGAAGCACAUCAAGAAUACAGCCAAGCAAGAUCAAGAAAAUCUUUGUAUGAAGGUGUACAAGCAACUGAAACAACCGAAACCUCCGUAUCGGCAGGUGGAAACGGCGAAAUUAAAUCCUGGCGUUCCGCUGCGCAGAGAUUUAGUGCGUCAUCCCUUACAUCGUGAUACCUUUGCUAAGUUGCACUCUGAAAUAGAGCCAUUGGAAAACUACACCAUUGUAGUGCCGCAGCUAACCAGACAGUCAUCGGCCAAGUCUUAUCGCAAUCCAUUCGAUAUACCACGUCGAGAUAUUAUUGAAGAAAUAGGACGCAUGCGUGAAGCAUUUAUGAGACCACAACCGAUCAGCCUUGUGGCUAAAGAUUCGGGUCAUUGUUUGCCUAUUGCAGAGAUGGGUAACUACCAGGAGUAUUUGAAGAAUAAAGACAAUCCCUUGAGAGAAAUUGAACCCACUAAUGUGAGACAACACAUGUUUGGUAAUCCUUAUAAAAAGGAUAAGCAUAUGGUGAUGGUAGAUGAAGCCGAUCUGGGAGAAGUGGCGCCAAUGAAGGGUGGUAAUGGAGCAGGUGGUCCGGGCAGCCCGAUGGGACCAUCGGGUGUUGUCAAGAAACUGGAUUCAUCUAGGCCGCGCAAACGUAAGGCUGGUCCUAUACGCAAUGACUAUGUUUUCCGACGAACCUCAACCGAUUCCCGACCCCGCACACCUACAUCUCCCUCCAGCUUAUCCUCAGCAACAUCUUCAGUAUCAUCCCUCUCCGACAUGGAAACAGACGAUUCUGCGUCCGAAACAUCAUCUAUAUCGUCGGGAAUUUCAGAGGAUGGAGAUCCAGAACGCUUGGUAGUAGCAUUUCCUGAUUUUGCCGACGAGGAACCACCAGAUCAGGAAUUUGCCUUUAAUGGCUACGUUAGAGAUUUCAUAAAUGGAGUCGGCGUAGAAAAUAGCUGUGAUAGUUCAAAUAAUGAUAUUUUAACGCCACCCAGUAGUUCGAAUCCAUUGGGUUUGCACGUCGGACCUCUGCAUAAUGGACAAAUAACACCACCUAUGAGUCCUCAUCCCCACAUGAUGCAACAGCAUUCUCCUGCCUCAUCGCCGCAUCCGUAUCUAGCUAAUUACAAUAUGCCGCAUGAACCAACCACGCUGCCACCGCCUCUUAUGGGAUCACCGCACAUUGGACUUGGUACUACGCAGCACCAACCGCAGCAAACAUUAAAUGGUGGUAGUAUGAUGUAUAAUUCACCCAUGCUCCAAACAACUACAAAUGGCAUGGUGAAUCCCCUUAUCAGUAACCCGGUAAUGGUGUCUCAACAACAAUCAACAGCAACAUCCAAUGCAUAUCAUGUACAAGUCGCUCAACAACAACAGCAACAGUUGCCCCAGCAUACACAUCAAAUUCCAGCUAAUAUACAGCAACAUACAGCAUCAACACAACUGCAGCAGCCUCAGCAGCACAUACAGCAUAACGAUAUUAAUGAUGCUCAGGAAAUAUCACGAAUAUUACAACAAUGUCACAAUGGCAAUAUCAUGCAAACAUCGUCUACAACGUCGUCCUCGUCAUUAUCUUCCUCCUCAACGACAGCUAGUGAUUCAACUCUAGACAGUGCAAAGUUAGAUCCCGAACAAGCUUUAAUGCCACCACCUUCCUCGCUUCUUUCGUCCUCAAUGAAUAAUAACAACAGCAAUAGUUUCGAUUCGCUGAAAAGAGAAACGCUUGCUACAGCAUCAGCAGUUGCCGGAACCUCACCAUUUGUAACAGCAUUUUCAAAUCAUCUCAAUCACAAUAGUAUACUACAACCGCCACUUCUUCCCCUUCAACUAACCGAAGAACAAAAAGAAUUGGCCCGCAAACACAAUCAAGACCUACGUGCUCAAGUUUUUCGUGAUAUACGCAAACCGGGUCGCAACUACUCCCAACUGCUGGAACAUUUGAAUUUGAUUAAAGGUGAUUUAGAUAUGAAAUCCAAUUUCAUACAAAUGUGUAUAACCGAAUCGCUAAGAUUUCGUCGCAAACAAAUGGUCAACAGUAUACAGGAAUGGUGGGAUAAAAAACAGCAACAGUUGCAAGCAACCAGUUAACAAUUACUAAUGUAAAAUAAAGAAGUAUUCUUAAAACUAAAACAAUACAUAGGCUACAUAACAUACAUACUUACUUGCAUAUACAAACAUACAAUAUAGAAUAGCUCAUUUGGAAGCAAUUGAUUGAGUUGAGCAAUCGAAUGAUGUUGAAAAGACGGAAAGAGGAGGAGUGGCGAAGAAUCUAAAUAAUGACAUUUUGUGAAAUUUUCGGUUUUACUUACUAUUAGUAUGUUCAUUUUUUAAUUAAUUGAAUGUGUAUUAUUUUUGUUCAAUUGUUUUUGUAGAUAUGACAAUAAGAGUUUAACUUUUUGUCGAUAUUCUUAUUUUACAAAAUACCGAAUACAGACUUAAUAAUUUUUAACUAA